AACAAGUCUCGAUUCUCGAUUCUAGUUCUAGAUUCAGUUGUGUUGAAUGUUGCGGUUCUGUCGUUGCGGGCAAAACGAUUUCUCGAUUUUGCGGUAGAUUUUCUUCAGCAAGACAUUAGCGGUUUUGUCGGCUUAAAUUUGGAUUUUUUUACGAAUCAAGCAAGUUCCACCUGAUAUAACCCAGAAUGGCUUCAAAACUCCUCCAAAUGCAAGCUCGCUUUCAACAGAAGCAAAUGCAAGAAAAAGAAGAGAAACUAUCCAAGCUCUACGAAAGUCAACAGCAAAGGGCCUUUGAAAAGGUGGGAAGGGGAAGUGCUGGCAGUAAUGCAAGUACUACCAGUGUUGGAUCAACAGGAGGAGGAAAAGUUCGACAAAUGUUUGAAGAACGCCGCAAAGCAGGAGUGGAUAAAAGUUACCCCUUAGAACCUUUGAAAACUAAAACUGUGGCUAAAAAACCCAUAGCUGAUAAUCAUCGUAAUAUCACAUCGACCACUCGUUCGACGGCAGUACGAACUGCAAUAAAAAAAACCGUAACUCAAAUAAAUAACUCCAAGCCAAUAGUCAGCCAGAAGGAAACAUUUCAACGAGUUUAUAACAAUAAUUAUCAAAAUGGAAACUAUGAGGAAAAUACGAGAGUUGUUGAAAGUUUUGACGAAGUUGAUGGGCAUGAUACAUUAGUGGAUAUGAUGAAUAAUCACAAUAUUCAUGAUAAUUUGGAAGAUGAAGAUUUGCCAAAAAUAGGUUUUAACGACAAUUAUCCAGAAAAACCGUUAUAUAUGAGGGGAAAAUUAGCGAACGUAGGUGGAAAACUUCCAAGUCAAAGGGAAGAAAAGCAGUCCAAGCCAGCAGUGAUGGGACUGAGUCAAAGAAAUGGAGUUGUUAAACAUGAAUCUAAGGUGGCCACUAAGAAACCGAUAGCCAAAACAGUCACAUCUCCAAGAUCAAAUUCAGUGUCUUCUACAUCGAGCCAGUCUUCAAGAAACUCUCCAGUAAGAUCUGAGAACAACAACAUGCCCCUAAAACAGCAGAUGUCAUCUGCUCCUCAAAGAGCGCCAAGUAACGGCCGACCAUCCUCGAAGCAAACAGCCAAAACUCCAGUUGUCCGGGACGAUUUAUCAGAAUGUCGUUACUGCGGAAGAAGAUUUGCCACUGAUCGGCUUGGAGUUCACGAAGAUAUUUGUGGUAAGACUGGGAAGAAGAAGAGGAAAGCAUAUGACGCUACCAAGCAUAGAUUGGUUGGAACGGAGUUGGAGGGAUAUGUACUUAAGCCUGGGAAGAAAGCUGCUAGUAGCAAGAAAAUCAAAGUAAUGGAAAGGCAAGUAGUGGAACCAAAGGUUUCGGCCAAACAGUCUGCAUCAAAAGCUGGCAGCUGGAGGCGAACUCAUGAGGAAUUUAUAGCAACCAUUCGAGCCGCUAAGCUAGCGCAAGCUUAUGUAGCCAAAGGAGGAAAAUUGUCUGACUUACCUCCACCACCUCCAUCCACCAAUCCAGAUUAUGUCGAAUGCCCGCAUUGUGGAAGAAGAUUCAAUGAAUCUGCAGCGGCAAGACACAUUCCCAAGUGCGCCACAUACGAUUUUAACAAACCGAAGAAUUCAGUGCAGAAAAGCAGACCAGGAAAAAGAUAAUACCUUUCACGUCAAGGGUGAACACUAAUAAGUCGGCUGUUUUCUUGAAGACCUAAAAUUGAUGCUCUCCCGGGUACUUGAUGGAUGAUAUUGUGCAACAAAUUAUUUUUCUACAUCGUUGGAAAUUCCCCAUACUAAUAAAAUUAUAUUCAUUGUUGAAUGCUUUAAAGUGCCUUUAAUUCCUCAUUAUUUAAACGAAUUAAUAACAUUUUACUUAGAAGGUUGUGAAAUUAGUAUCGAUAAUAUUUUAAAAAAUUGCUUAUACACUGGAUAAUGUUUACCUAACAAAAAAACCCCCGGUUUAGAAUAACUAAUAAGCAAUGUGUUUAGAUCAAUUUUCAAAUGUGAUACAGAUUUAAAAUCUCUUUCCUCUAAAUUAUAAGUCUACUUUUAUAUACAGCUAUGUUUCAAUUUCUAAGAGUAGCCGUGUGGCAGUGCCGCGCAGAUAAUAAUUAUUUAUCAAUAGUUUAUAUCAAUUUAAAAGUUACUACUGAUUAAAAUGUCUUUACUGAAAUAGCUUAUUCCGGCAAACUACAGAAUAGAAGCGACUGCUUUUCUUUAGAAAUCGCGAAAAUAUUCAGUAUUUUUAUAGAAAAAUUUGUAUUGGUACGUGUAUAUUCGGCAGAGAUAAGUUCUCUGACAAAUUUAUAUAAAUUAGAGUAUUGUUACUAGAAUGUUUUUCGUUUUAUAUCCAAAAGUUACUAACUGAUAAUUAUAGAUUUUGCUACAAA